AUGAAUGAAAUUUCAGUGUCCGUAUCUUCUUGUUUUACUAAUGAACACAUUAAGUACCAGAAACACCGUUCUAAUUUUCCGCUCAUCACAAGUAAAACUGAUAUUGGAAACUGGAUAUCCGCGGGAGUUUUGAAAGUCACUCGAUUAACCAAACAACUGAGGCACCCUAGCUUAUCCAUUAAUAUCUCCCAAGCACCAGUUCUUCAGUUUCUGUGGUCGUCAGGCCUAUAA